AUGGGAUACGUACAACAUAUGCGUAAAAAUCCACUUGAAAUUGCUCUAUCAAUUUUUCAAUUGCAAGGAGUUUUGAAUUUAUGCUUUUUGAUUUAUUGGGAUCGAAAUUCAGUUGGUGACAAAUUGCGCCAGCGUCUUCAAGCUACAUCAACUGGCGUUGGCGUUCUAAGACGGAAAACAUUGCUCGAUAAUAUUCAUUUUGGUGCAAUCAUAUUUGGAACAAUUAUUAGCAUAUUUAUGAUAGCUUAUAAAAUUAUACGAAUAAUUGCUAAUAAUUAUUCACCUAUUGUGAAAGUUCCAUUAAAUUUCAAUUUACCGCAUUAUUUUCAUUGGCUUUUUGUUGGUAUUUUUGUUUAUGUUGCAUUUUCCUAUUCGGCUAUUUAUGCUGAAGUGUACAGUUUAAUUAGCAUUAUUUGUGCGGAAUAUCGAGCACUAAAUGAUGAUUUUGCAAAUGAUUACAACACUUAUCAAUUACCUGUAAUUAAGCAUUACGUUACCGCUCAUUGGACAAUUUCACGAUCACAUGCGCUAUUUGGUCGAUCACUUAGUUUAUGGAUGAGCUUUCAUUUGUCAACUUCAGCGCUAUCUUGCAUAUAUCUUCUACGAUCAGUACCAAAUCUUAUCGAUCAAUUGUUAGCAUUGGAACCGAUUACUGUUGCAGUACUAAUUUGUACUCUAUUGCUUAUUUUAAUUGUUAUAUCACAGAUUAUCUCUUCAUUAGUGAUAUGCUUAUUACUUUGUCAUGAUAUCACACAUUUUCGCUAUCUGCUUAUCGUUCUUAUUGCUGGUACUACCGCUCUUCAAGAGCAGACAUAUUCUGUUGCAAUAGCAUAUAUUAAUCAUUUGUAUCGAAAUCGUGUAGGUGUAUCAUUCUUCGAAAUUACAAUCAUUGAUAGGAGAUUUAUCGAGAAGGCUGUAACUAUUGUGCUUCUCAUCACUGCUAUAUAUUAUUUCAACGGUUAUGAUAAAUAUCUAAUUGACAGUUGUAGUAAGAUAGUAUCUGGAUUACAAGAUGCAACUUGA